AUGUGCAAGGAAGACGCCGUACAAGCUCCUUCUUGGGUGUGUCAUCAUGAUGACCGUCUAUGGCCCGGCGUACCGGCCAAUAUGUUUCAUGUGGAUUGGUACCUGGCCUUUGAUGCUGCGACUCAGAAAACAGUUUUCUCCACAGCGGGCUCGGCGGGCAAGCUCUUCCCUUUUGGCGGUGGUAAAAGUAUCUGUCCCGGCCGCAAUUUUGCAAAGCAAGAGGUCCUUGGAGCAGUUGCGACGAUACUAGACCAGUUCAGAUUUGAGCCUUUGAACUUUAUCAGCCUUGAUGGUAGAACCACAAGCAACUUUCCAACUGUUAAAGAAGGCUAUGCUGGCAAUGGGAUGGUUCUUCCACGCGGUGACCUCACGGUACAGGUCUUCCGUUGCCAAUAG